UUUUUUUUCUAUCAAGCGUCGUUGUCGCUACCAAAUGUGUGUUUUGCGUCAUUCAUUAGACAUUUUUAAAAAUUGUUUCAUCAACAUAGACACGUUAGAUUUUGGGAAGAGCUUUACUGACUCAGAUUUACAAGAAAUCCUUGCCUAUUUAAAUAUUUUGGAUUCUGUUUGCCCUUCUAGAAUUACGUUAGAAUUACAUCAUUCAAUCCAUCAAACUCCAGUUCAUUUACGGUAUCAGAUCUGUCAGGAGCUAUUAAAUAACCAAGCCAUUCUAAACUGUCAACUACUCGAAAUUUUCAACGACAAAAUUUUUAAUGAACCAGGCGUUGAUUCAAUAUUUGACUGGCUUCAUUAUAAAAAAAUUAAUUUUGGUAAUGCAUGCCGUAAUUUGUGUCUUAUGAAAUAUAAUAUGGCUAAUGAAUUAAUUGAAAAAUGCAAAAAGGCAAGUUUUUCGGGAAAUAAAAAAAAUUUUUUUGAUGAGACAUUCCUGAAUUUACUCGAGUCAGUAAGUACAGAAGAUUGCCGUUUUUAUUUAUUAAUAUUUCAUUCAAACAAAAUUUUGAAUGAAUUUUCUUUGGAAAAUCCAAAAAGUGGAGAAAUUAUUUUAAUGAAAAAUAUAAAGGAUGUGAGUGUUGAGGAGGAAGUCAAGUGUUAUUCGUUAACAAGAUGUCAAUUAAAUAUGGAGGAGGGAGUUAUUCGAAAUUAUUUUUCAAAGCUGUUUGAUACUAGAUUUGAAAGUUUACCUUUAAUUCGGAUUCAUUAAAUAAAAAUUUUUUGUUGAAUUUAUUUAUCUAUUGAAGGGUAUUUUUUAUUAAAUUUUUUUAUUAAAAAUGGAAAUGAGAAUAAUAAACUAUUCAAAACUAAAAUAUUCUAGUAUUCAAUAACCGCGUAUCUUCUCAACCACCAGUGACGCCUUUUCUUUCCGGGAUGCCUCGUCGGCGGCCUGUGUCUUCGUCUAAUAUAAGGUAUUCGCCUGGUAUAUGUUGGCCUUUUAGGUCGUCCGGUCCGGCCCGGCGCCGAUCCGGGAGCCGGGAUACCCAUGCAUCACUACCGUGUAGUAAUUAUGGCCUCAAAAAACAAACUAACGUUUUUCGGCAUCUGUUAUUUCUAAAGGAGCAGAAUAUUU